AUGGAUAAGUUUGACAUCGCUAAUCCGUGCACUGCUACAUAUUUUAAUCAAGAAGGACACAUAAUAUUUGAUCCAUGUGUUUACAUUCAGCGCUACCAAGCGACACUUAAUUGCUUAAAGCUAGAACAAUUCAAGAAGAAAGUCAAUAGGAUUGUUGAGUUUGGAUGUGCUGAGAUGAAGUUCUUCACAUAUAUUAAGACAGGAUUGACUGACAGGAAGCUGUGGGUCAAAUUAGUCGAUAUUGAUGAGGAUCUUUUAUUAAGAUGCAAAGGUCAUGUACAUCCACUACUCAUGGAUCAUGUUAAGAAGCGUGAAAAUGAGUUGAAUGUUGAAGUUUGGUACGGAGAUGUGUCAAUUAACAAUCCAAAUUUUAAAGAUAUAGACGCAGUUAUUGCAAUCGAAUUAAUAGAGCAUUUAUAUCCACAAGUCCUUGACGAAGUUCCAUAUCAGAUAUUUGAGAAUCUCAAUCCAAAAAUUGCAAUAUUUUCAACGCCAAAUUGCGAGUUUAAUAAAGUCUUUGACCUAGAACCCGGAAAGUUCAGACAUGCUGAUCAUAAAUUCGAGUGGACUCGAGAGCAAUUUAAAGAUUGGUGUGAUCAUAUAAUUGUGCGUUUUCCUGAAUAUUCUUAUAAGAUGGAAGGCAUUGGAAAACCUCCAAUUGGAUAUGAAAUAGAAGAUGUAGGAUACAGCUCACAAUUUGCGCUUUUUGUGCGCAAUGAUAUACUUGACUUUCUAAAUGAGCCGUAUGAAUCAAAUAAUGAUAAUGACGUAGAGACAGCUCAAAAUAAGGAAGUUGUACCCGAAAGUCACGUUCAUUGUGACGGAUACAUUUUAUUAGGCACAAUAGAUUAUCCUGUAUUUCAGGACUUGAGGAGCAAGAUAGAGAAGAUUAUAGACGAAGUUUGUUACCAUGUCAAUCGUUAUAAAUAUAUGGAAGAGCAAUUUUAUAAUCUGGAUAAUUAUCGGACUGAAAUUCCAAUCAACUUAGUCACUCAAGCAUGCUGGGAGACAUCAACAAAUGAAGAGGAAAUAGCCAAUAUAAUCAAAGAACGUUAUCAAGUCGAAAAUAAUUUUAUAAUCAUUGAAGACGAAGCUCUUGAUUUUGAGCAGCAAGAUGAGGGUGACUGUCAAGGGUUGAGCUUUUUUUACAUCGCAGGGGAUUGUCAACCGUAG